AUGGUCUCCUUCACCACCCUCCUCACCCUCGCCGCAGCCACCCUAGCCACCCCCAUCACCCCGACCCUCGACCCCCGCGCCACCGACAUCCCCGCAAACUGGACCUGGCACGUCAGCGGCUGGGAAGCCGGGUGCCAGCGCCGCGGCUGCUACUACAACUUCAACGUCACCAUCCCCAGCGUGCGCGCCGCCAUUGGCGGCGGCAAGUACUACUGCAACGGCUACGAAAACGGGUGGUACCGUAAAGGGAAUUGGUUUGAAGAGUGCAAGCUCCUGGAGCUUGCUCCUGGCGAGUUUUUGUCCCAGGCGAAUAAUACGGUUGCGGCCAAGUUGGGGGAGCGGGUGGGGGAGGAGCCGGUGCCCAAGGAGAUUUUUGUGAGUUUUGUUUGGAAGGGGUAUGAACCUACUGGACGUCCCUCGUAUAACUUCACUGGCUCUAAUGAGACGGUGUACAACCAAUUUGUGUCUCCUCCUUUAGAGUUUGACAUUACUCCUUCAAAAGUCUUUGCUAUUGCAUAA